UGUAGCACACACAGACACACAGACCAGAACAGACUGGGGGGAAGAGAGAGGGAAACAGACGCACUGCAAAAUCCAGACGCAUCAACAGCCACCCGAGCAGCUCAAACCACCACAGCAGAUGGGGCCCGGAUUGUUUUGGAACUUCUCUUCAAAGGCUAACUGCUCGGUGCCGCAGAGCCUGCUGCAGACCAUGUUGCUCUCCAGGAUGGCUGGGAUGAAGGAGCAGCAAUUUACUGAGGAGAAACCCCUACUGCAAGAACAAAGAGGACAAGACACUGAGAUGGAGAACUGUGAGACCCUGAUGCCCAUUGGAGACUGGAAGGAACAUGACAUUGAGACUCCUUAUGGGAUGCUUCAUGUGGUGAUCCGUGGUGCACCCAAAGGAAACAAGCCUGCCAUCCUCACCUACCACGAUGUUGGGCUUAACCACAAGCUGUGCUUCAACAGCUUCUUCCACAAUGAGGACAUGCAGGAGAUCACCAAGCACUUUGUGGUGUGUCAUGUGGAUGCUCCUGGACAGCAGAUUGGAGCCUCUCAGAUGCCACAGGGGUACCAGUACCCCACCAUGGACCAGCUGGCAGGCAUGCUGCCCAGUGUAGUGCAGCACUUUGGAUUCAAGAGCAUCUUGGGCAUUGGAGUUGGAGCAGGCGCCUACAUCCUGGCCAAAUUUGCUCUGAUCUUCCCUGACCUGGUGGAGGGCCUGGUGCUGCUCAACAUCGACCCCAAUGGGAAGGGCUGGAUCGACUGGGCUACUGGCAAGCUGUCUGGUUUCACCAGUGCUCUUCCAGACACUGUGCUGCCCCACCUCUUCAGCCAGGAGGAGCUGAUGAACAACACAGAGCUGGUCCAGAGCUACCGUCAACAGAUCAACAACACUGUCAACCAGGUCAACCUGCAGCUCUUCUGGAACAUGUACAACAGCCGUAGGGAUCUGGAGAUGAACCGCACCGGGACCAUCAUCAAUGCCAAGACCCUGAAGUGCCCCGUCAUGCUGGUUGUUGGUGACAACGCUCCAGCUGAGGAGGGAGUGGUUGAAUGCAAUUCCAAACUUGACCCAACCAACACCACCUUCUUAAAGAUGGCUGACUCUGGUGGACUCCCUCAGCUCACACAGCCUGGAAAACUGUCCGAAGCAUUCAAGUACUUCCUCCAGGGGAUGGGCUACAUUGCGUAUGUGAAGGAUCGGAGGUUGAGUGGUGGGCCAGUGCCCUCUGCCAGUAUGACCCGUCUGGCCCGCUCCCGGACGGCCUCCCUCACCAGUGGCAGCUCCAUUGAGAGUUCUCGUAUCCGGGGUUUUACACACUCUGACAGCAAUGAGGGCCAGGUCAGCCACACCAUGGAAGUGUCUUGCUGAACCCCCACACACACACAGACAGACGUGGGUUGGAGAUAGAGAGAGAGAGAGAGAGAGAGAGAGAGAGAGAGAGAGAGAGAGAGAGAGAGAGAGAGAGAGAGAGAGAGAGUAGUUUCUACUUUUAAAUGGUAGGUGGAGGAUGUCUUCUCUAUCUAUCUCUCUAUGUCUUUGUUGUAGUAUUACCCCAAAUCCAUCAGUAUUUGACAACUUCUGUCUCCUCCUCCCCUCAUUGUAAAAACUGACACCAACGUAUUACUCUUUUCCUUAAACUUUGUAAGCAGUUUUGCUUUUGUGUGUCAUUUGUGUUUUGCUCAGUGUCUUCUCCCCCCUUUGCCUUUUCCCUGCUCCCCUUGCCCUAAACCUGCCCCCCCUCCUCCUUCCACUCAGACCCAUCUGCCCCCUGGCACCCCUCCACUCAGGUCCCUCCCACACUCAUCCGCUUGUCUGAUGACAAUCUCUGUGAGGUGAUCAAUGAUGGUAGUUAAGUGGGUUGUAUGUAGUCAGUGAAGGUAGUUUGUCAUUGAAGAGAAGACAUUUUAGCAAGAGAACAUUUUGUUGUAGUUGGUACUAUUCAUCUUAUUUGCCUUGAACAAUAGGACAGCAGAGAUUAUGGGCCUUUGUCUGGGAGGUCCCAGAUUUAACAGAAAGCAGCACACAACCUAUUAUAUUUGAGAGAGUUUUACAUCACACAGUGGAUAUGCCUCUCUACCUGAAGGAUGCAUCUGUGUCACGGGCACCAGUAUUCCCACUCCACAUCCCCUGCCAUGUGGUUUUCCCAGGGAUUGUCAUACAGAAGCAUAAAUGAACGUAGUGUGAUUCUAUAUACCCUAUAGCCACUAGUGGGAGCAUCCAUUCCUAUAUAGUUAGUGUGGCCACGGUCAUCUCCACCUCCCCAACAUGGAAGUGGUUCUGCUGGGGAUCGGUUCUUAGUGGUCUCCCAAAUGACAAUCACGUUUUGACCCAAACCAAACCAGACCUAGGAGCCAAGGCAGAACCCGUUACAUAUGAGAUGUUCUUCUCUCAUGUCAGCACCACAAGACGGGAUGACAGCUGGCCUCUCCUUCUACAGCACUCAGCCCCACAUAAAGAAUAUACCAAAGCUACACACACACACUUACCUAUGAGGGCUGGGCUCUGUAAGGGAACCGAGCCAAAGUAUAUUGGCACUUAUUGACACACAGUAGCACAAAACACACGCGUGCCCACACAAACGUACGCAUACACGCAACCACACUGUCAAUGUGUCAUCACAAAACAAAUGUUAUUGUAUUUACAUCCAUACCCAUACAUAACUUACACAGAGAAUCAAUAUCCUAACAUCCCACAGACCUCUUUUUUCACAAUGCUAUUGAGCUGGAAUACUGGUCGUUGUGACUGGAGAGACGAGGUGUGUGCUGCUAUCUGCUGAGAUGGACUACCCAUUGAGUCAGGCUGGUCCUUUGAGGAACUGGGGUCCCUGAUCAUUUGCACUGUAAUCAUUUUCUACAUUUGAUUUGCAUUCCUUAUUUUCAGUAACAACUGCUGCCUGUCAUCUAUUUGAAUGUCAAUCUCUCUGUUUCCCCCAACAGGGGUGAAGUGGGAUAACUACUACCGCAGGGGUGCUUCCUGGGACUGUCUGUAAGGGGCAGGGCUUUUUUGGAGCCCAUUGCUCCAAGCUCGGAAUGUAGGGCAACACCCACCCCAACCAACUCCAACCAAAACCACAAGCUUCCCCGCCCCUCACAGACACAUCCAGUCGCCCCAAAAGGGCUAUCAGCUGAGGUCACUUUUCUGUUCAUAGUGCUGCCUAGCAACAGUGUACCAAUGUGCAAGGGACCCCAGGGGGGCUGCAGCGAAUAUUGUAGGAAAGAGCAGAGAUUCUAUCUGGAUAAAUGAGGCAUUUUCAUUUGUGAAGAUGCAGUGUGAGAGCGAAGGGUCUACAAAAUGUUCUGAAAAGGGGAUAAUAGAGGGGUGAUAAAACGUGUAAAUUGGGCUUCGGUGAGAGGAUAUUAGGACUAGUCAGAACAACAAACACUCCUUUCUACUCCUCCAAUCUGUUUUCAUGCCCCGGAGUGUGAUAUUCAACGUUGUUGCCAUGCAUUUUCUCUCUGUAAGACUACUGUUGCUGUCAGCUCUGUGCCGACCUGAUUCUGCCCCCUUCCUCAGUCUCAAACAUACUGCCUAGGGGACCCUGAAUGUAAUUUGUCCCUUUGAAAUGCUGUACAGAAUAGUCAAAGUGCCCCCUUCCAUCCACCCACCGCCAUUACUCCCUAGGGCUUGUACCUGCUAACCUGACCACCCUACACCCCAACUCCUUCCACGUCUUCCCUGCGCUGUAGAUACUCACUGUUUUUAGAGCAGGUUAACUGAAAGAGGACUCCAACACUAUUGUAUUGUGACACAUUCUGCAUUUUGGUUCCUCUUUCCUUGAGUUCCUCUUUUUAUAUAACAAUAGAAUGGAGUUAUCUGUGGUAUUACUGGUCCUCGUGUAUUAUCAUUACUAUAGUAUUAUUGAUUGAUUUAUAUUGAGGAAAAAGUUGUUUUCUGACUGUUUGGUUUCACAGGAGUCUCCCAGCAUUGUUUCUGUUCACAGAGAUAGUAGGGUUGAAUCUUACCUGCUUCGUCAUAAAAUGUGAAAUGUAAAGUUGAAAUAUAUGUACUGUAAGUGGUCUCUGUCGAUGUAUUGAACAUGUAAUGAAAACAAAUAAAAAACUGUCAGUAUAGUCA